UUUAACGGCAAUGAAUUGGGUGCAUUAUUAGGCUGGUGGGCACUACAAAACUUCCGAUCUCUACAUCCAGAAGUAUACUCCAUAGAUAGUUAUAUGAUUGCUAGCACGGUUAGUUCAAAAAUCUUAGGCACAAUUGCUACCCUUGAGGGCUUUAACUUUGUAGAAACACUUACCGGUUUUAAAUGGAUGGGAAAUAAAGCAAAAGAACUGAUGGAUGCGAAAAAAAAGGUUUUGUUUGCUUUUGAAGAGGCUAUUGGCUUUAUGUUCACUACUACUGUACUUGAUAAAGAUGGAGUUAGCGCUGCUGUGCACUUGGCAACAAUGGCUUGUUAUCUUAAAGAGAAAUUUAAUAUUUCACUUACUGAGAAACUGAAUGAAAUUUAUGAUAAAUAUGGUUUUCAUUGCACCAAAGUUUCUUAUUUCCUCUGCUAUGAACAACCCGUUAUAGAACGUAUAUUCGAAAGAUUGCGUAAUUUUCAGGAUGGCAAACCAAAAACUUAUCCUAAGUCAAUACUUAAUGGUCGAUUUCCAAUACAAUAUGUUCGCGAUUUAACUACUGGUGUAGAUACAUCCCAAAAAGAUGGCAGAGCUAUUUUACCAGUUAGCAAGAGUACUCAAAUGAUUACUUUUACAUUUGAAAAUGGUUUGGUCAUCACAUUGCGUACCAGUGGAACGGAACCAAAAAUUAAAUACUAUGCUGAAUUGAUAUGUAAACCUGAUCAGAAAGAUUGGGAUGAACGCCGCAAAGUACUGGAUAUAAUGGUAGAAGCUAUCGUUGAAGAAUUCUAUCAACCAAAAUUAAAUAAUCUCACUCCUAAAAAAGAUUAAAUUUCAUCGUAGCAAUGUAAGCCUAUAGAUGAUAUCAUUUUUUACGGAUCACUUUAUUUAUUUUUUUAUAUCGAAGUCUAUUUAUUUAGUUAAUCAAUUUUUUAUGAAUUUUUUGUAUUUGUAACAAUAUUACGAGCUCGUAAAUAUUGUUGCAACGUGAUACUAUUUGUUAUCAACAUAUUAUAAGCUGUUUUAUUAUUUUUAAUGUAUUUUAUUGUUUCUGUUAAUUUAUUGUUACUUAAUCACUGUCGAGGAGUUAAUUCAGUUUUAUUUGUGUUAAAAAUAAUUUCAAUAGCCAAUAACGAGACAUUCCUUUUGGAAACAUAUUUUUUUUAUUUUGUUAUAAAAUAUUUACGAUUGAUUUUCGUACUCAUAAUAAAUAACGCAACCAGAAAUUGUUUGCAUUUA